UGUUUUCUGUUUUCUUCUCAAGUGUUACAUUUUAACGUAUAUUUGAGGCAAACUUGAUAGCAUGCAGUGUUUCACGAGUCAUUUUGCUCUGUUUUGUGUGUGUUUUUCUUUUUAACUGUUGGCAUUUUUAACGUUACGCCGUUUAGCUAUGUUUAGUUUUAAAAAUGCUAACUGCUGACGACAGCUCAUUGGGAGCUAUCGCUUUGUAGUUUGGUUACUUAUUUUAUUUAAUGUAUAUAGAGGCAGAAGCUGUUGGAUUGAAGUUAUCCACCAUUUUGAUUUCCAUUGAAACGUCACAGUGCUGUGGAUCAUGGGCAGCUUUCAGGGCCACGUUCUCCCCGGGACCGUAUUCCUGAUAAUAGGGAUGUGGUGGGCGGGAAAGUUCUCCCUCUGGCACACCACCCGCAGGAACAAAAGCUUUGGCUCCACCCGGCUCGCCAGCAGGACCUUACAGCGACGCCUGGAGAUCAUUGAAAACAUUUUUUUUCUCUCCUGCUCUCUUAUUGGUAUGAUCUGCGAGCAGUAUGCUGCAAACGGCCCGAUGCUUCAUUUGCAUGACUUCUCAGGGAAACACUGGGAGCAGUUGCACAUCUGGCAGCACACAACCAUGUACCUGUUCUUCUUCCUGGCCGCAGUUGUGUCUCUGAUUGUCCACACGACCAAGGCAUUGCCGUUGGCCCUGGACAAGCUGAUGCUGGGGAUCGCAUUCUUUGUCGAAGGGUUCCUCUUCCUCUACCACCUCCAUGGACGGACCAUGCUGGACGUCCACUUGCAUCAGCUUCUGCUCUACGGCAUCUUUGGUGAGAGUCUGAUUUUUUUCCUGGAGGUCUUCCACAGAGACAACGUCAUCCUGGACCUGCUGUGCUGCACCCUCACCCUCCUGCAAGGCAGCUGGUUCUGGGAGAUUGGUUUCGUGCUGUACCCUAGUAACGGCACCGUGUGGGACAUGAAAGACCACAACACCAUGAUGUUUAUCACCAUGUGUUUCUCCUGGCACUUCGCCUUUGCCAUUCUAGUCGUCGGUGUGGUGUACGGCACCGUCAACUGCGUGGUUCGCUCCAGACUCAAAAGGACUCCACCGAUGGAAAUGGGACUUCUGAAGCCCCGGGAGCGGGAUGCCGAGUCAGAGGAUGAGAUUUUAUGAGGACUGUUGUGCAACAUUUCCGAAACAAAUCAGGGAUGUGAAGCUUUCAUCUUCAGCAGCAGUACGACUAAGGAUGUACACAGGCACACAAAACAGGGCUAUAAAAAUGCUUUAGAGAUAUAUUGUUUCCUCGGCCUUAUUUAAUCAGCUUUAAAGCCUUUUAGCCUGACUUGUAAUUUAUUUUUGCAAUGACAUGAAGCUGAUUUCUGCCAUAUCUUCAUUACCUGUACAAUAUUUUGUCACCUGUUAUUUGGAUUGUUUUCAUCUAUGUCUGUGCCAACAUGUUAAUAAAACAGUCAUCUUCA